AAAUGGGCCGGGGUCGGAACGCGUCGCGGCGCCUCCCGCUCCCAGCCGGCGCCAUAAAGUCGCGGACGGGCCGAGCGCUUGCGCUGUGCGGUGGUUGGCGGUGUUUGUGGUGCGAAGAUGGCGGCCUUUUCGGAAAUGGGUGUUAUGCCUGAGAUAGCUCAAGCAGUGGAGGAGAUGGACUGGCUUCUUCCUACGGAUAUCCAAGCAGAAUCCAUCCCACUGAUCCUGGGAGGUGGUGAUGUACUUAUGGCUGCUGAAACAGGGAGUGGAAAAACUGGUGCUUUUAGCAUUCCAGUUAUCCAGAUUGUUUAUGAAACACUGAAGGACCAGAUGGAAGGCAAGAAAGGGAAAGCAACUAUUAAAACUGGUGGGGCAGUGCUGAAUAAAUGGCAAAUGAACCCGUAUGAUAGAGGAUCAGCUUUUGCAAUUGGAUCAGAUGGUUUGUGUUGUCAAAGCAGAGAAGUAAAAGAAUGGCACGGAUGCAGAGCAACUAGAGGCGUGACUAAAGGGAAAUACUACUAUGAAGUUUCCUGCCAUGACCAAGGCCUGUGCAGAGUUGGUUGGUCAACUAUGCAGGCUUCACUAGAUUUGGGCACUGAUAAAUUUGGCUUUGGCUUUGGUGGCACUGGUAAGAAGUCUCACAACAAGCAGUUUGACAGCUAUGGUGAGGAAUUCACUAUGCAUGAUACAAUUGGGUGUUAUCUAGACAUAGAUAAAGGACAAAUAAAAUUUUCCAAAAAUGGGAAGGACCUUGGUCUUGCGUUUGAAAUCCCACCACACAUAAGGAACCAAGCACUUUUUGCAGCUUGUGUACUGAAGAAUGCUGAGUUGAAAUUCAAUUUUGGCGAAGAAGACUUCAAGUUUCCACCAAAAGAUGGCUAUAUUGGUCUUUGCAAGGCUCCUGAUGGUAGUGUUGUAAAAUCACAACACUCGGGAAAUGCACAAGUGGUUCAAACACAGAAUCUUCCAAAUGCUCCAAAAGCAUUGAUUGUAGAACCCUCAAGAGAGCUGGCAGAACAAACUUUGAACAAUGUGAAGCAGUUCAAAAAAUAUGUUGAUAAUCCCAAACUAAGGGAACUGUUGAUUAUUGGUGGAGUUGCUGCAAGAGAUCAGCUGUCUGUACUGGAACAAGGAGUGGAUAUUGUUGUUGGAACUCCUGGAAGACUGGAUGACCUAGUCUCAACAGGAAAGCUUAAUUUAUCUCAAGUUAGAUUCCUGGUUCUGGAUGAAGCUGAUGGCCUUCUCCUCCAAGGUUAUUCAGAUUUCAUAAACAGGAUCCACAGUCAGAUUCCUCAGAUAACUUCGGAUGGAAAGAGACUUCAGGUGAUUGUGUGCUCUGCAACACUACAUUCUUUCGAUGUGAAAAAACUAUCUGAAAAGAUCAUGCAUUUUCCCACCUGGGUUGAUCUGAAAGGAGAAGAUUCUGUACCUGAAACUGUACACCAUGUAGUUGUGCCUGUAAAUCCAAAAGCUGACAAACUCUGGGAAAGGCUCGGCAAGAAUCAUAUCAGAACUGAUGAAGUACAUGCAAAAGACAAUACACGACCUGGUGCUAACACUCCAGAAAUGUGGUCUGAAGCUAUUAAAAUUCUAAAAGGAGAAUACACUGUUCGGGCAAUCAAAGAACACAAGAUGGACCAAGCCAUUAUUUUCUGCAGGACUAAAAUUGAUUGUGAUAAUAUGGAGCAGUACUUCAUCCAGCAGGGCGGAGGCCCUGAUAGGAAGGGACAUCAGUUCUCAUGUGUCUGCCUGCAUGGUGACAGAAAACCUCAAGAAAGAAAGCAAAACCUGGAAAGAUUUAAGAGAGGAGAUGUCCGUUUCUUGAUCUGCACGGAUGUUGCUGCUAGAGGAAUUGAUAUUCACGGUGUCCCGUAUGUUAUCAAUGUCACACUCCCUGAUGAAAAACAGAACUAUGUUCAUCGAAUUGGGAGAGUAGGCAGAGCUGAGAGGAUGGGUUUGGCAAUCUCCCUUGUGGCAAAAGAGAAAGAAAAGGUUUGGUAUCAUGUAUGCAGUAGUCGUGGAAAAGGGUGCUAUAAUACUAGACUGAAGGAAGAAGGAGGUUGUACCAUAUGGUACAAUGAGAUGCAGUUGCUGGGGGAGAUUGAAGAACACUUAAACUGCACUAUUGCCCAAGUUGAACCAGACAUAAAAGUACCAGUAGAUGAUUUUGAUGGGAAAGUUACAUAUGGGCAGAAAAGAGCUCUGGGUGGUGGACUGUAUAAAGGCCAUGUGGAUAUUCUGGCACCUACAGUACAAGAGUUGGCUGCCCUUGAAAAGGAGGCUCAGACAUCUUUCUUGCAUCUUGGCUAUCUUCCUAACCAGCUGUUCAGAACAUUCUGAUUGCACCACACUUGAGACAAGGCUUGAGUUAAUAAAUGCUCUACCCUGCAAAUACAAAAAUCCCAUACCGUCUCUGAGUAGCAGUAGUUAGAAAAGGAUUAAAAUUAAAUAUACUUCUUGCAUGAUGAACAGUAUGUUCAACACAUUGUUAACUCUGUAUUAGCUGUUGUCUUGAUAAAAUAAAACAAGUCAAAGAUGAAAUGGUUUCUUUUGCUCUUCUUCUGCCUUGCUUUGAGGAUUAAUUUGUGGAGUUGUUCUUUGCAUAGCCUUUUGAUUUGUUGAAAAUACAAGUGUAAUUAAGCAAAUCUGGAAGAAUAAGAGUUUAAUUCAUUUCUUUGGAGAACAUAUAUUAAAAUUAUUUAACUAGC